AUGGCGCCGGUGGAGACGCCGCCGGCAGAAGCGCUGCUCGGUCUGGCUGCCCGGCUGGCGAGCCCGGCGGAGGAGCAGGCCGCGGCCUUGCCCGGUUGCUUGGCAACCGUGAGGCGGAUGACGGACCUCUUCCGGGAUGCGGCGCACAGGGAAGCAGCAACUGAAAGCCUGUUCCAAAAUCUCCUGCAAAUUUUGAAGAAAGCUUCACAUGAAAUUAAUGUGACCUGCAAGGACACCAAUAAACUAGCACAUCUGGAUUCACAUUUGCUUCUGCUAUCGCAGUGUUUCAGAUGCCUUCGGAAUGCCUGUGUUCAGUGUGCGAAUAAUCAAAAUAUUAUGAGGAACUUGGGUCUGAUCGAGGCAUCUGUUCACCUGAUCCAGUUGCUUCAGAACGUAGAAACUGAUCUGGAGUCAUUGUUGACAGCCUUUCGUUGUAGCCUCCAAUUUCUUGGAAACAUUGCCACAGGAAACACAGAUUCCCAGAAUAGGAUUUGGAAGCUUGCGUUCCCUUCUCUUUUCUUGAAUUGCUUAAAUCAUCAAGAUGAGAAAAUCAUUUCCUAUUGCUGCAUGGUUCUUUUCACUUGCCUUAACCCUGAAAGAAUGAGAGAACUACAGGAAGAAAACAACUUAAACGUUGUCCUUGCUGUUCUUCAAGCCUCCAGAAGAUACCCGGAAUCAGAAUGGGUGUUCUUGGUCGUUACCAACCAUUUGCUGAAGUGCCCGGAGUUGGUCAAAGCCAUGUAUGCCAAACUGAGCAAUCAAGAAAGGACUAUGUUAUUAGAAUUAAUAUUAUCAGAAAUCAGUGAAAAUGUUUCAGUUACGAGUGAAGAAAUCGCCAGAUUUCUUGCAUGCUGUUUUGAGGAGAAAUGUCAAGCUGUGCUGAAAUUGGCUUCUGUGGCAAAUGAUGCUGAUAAGGAAGCGCUAGUCACAAUUCGGCUUCUUGAUGUUCUUUGCGAAAUGACAUCGAAUACUGGACAACUGGAGUGUUUGCAGGCAUGUCCUGAUUUGCUCAAGACGGCUGUCAAUACUUUGCAGCUUACACAUCUUGCUGGGAAGCAGACUGCAAAUAUCUUCACCGUGACUCAUUCUGCAACGGGGCAGGAACCAAUCUGUCACCCAGCUGUGGGCUUUAAAUCACAUCUAAUUCGUUUGAUCGGAAAUUUAUGUUACAAGAAUAAGGCUAACCAAGACAAGGUUUAUGACUUAGAUGGUAUCCCAUUGAUCCUGGAUAACUGCAGUAUUGAUGACAAUAACCCUUUCGUAAGCCAGUGGGCAGUGUACACAAUCCGCAACCUCACCGAGCAGAAUGACAGAAACCAAGAGCUCAUUGCACAGAUGGAGCAGCAGGGACUGGCUGACCAUUCUGUCCUGGAGAGCAUGGGAUUGAAAGUCGAGCAGCAAGAUCAGAAGCUAAUUUUGAAGUCUGUCAGGAAGAAGCCAAAUCUUUAAGUGGCUAUGAAGGAAAGAUGUUUUGCUGUGAACAUGAUAUCAAUCCAGAAUAAAGAAAACUCUUGACUAGUU